AUGUCUCUGAACAUAAAAGAAAAGCUUCAAGAGUACGGAAUUACAGGAGCAAAUCUUGGCAAAGGUGUCGGAGUAUUUCUAGUUGUUAGCUAUUCUUAUGCUUUUUUGCUCUUUGGUGCUUGCUAUUAUUUCAGGCCAGCUGCAGCUAUAUCAAGAAUUUUUCGCACCAAUAAAAUCAAUGAACUUAUGAAAGCAAAAAACUAUGAUGGAGAUUGGUGAAAGAAAUCUAUGUUUGCAAAGUGAGUAAGCCAAGAGAGAGGUCAAAGAAUAGGGAUUGCUUUUGCAGAAAUGGUAGCCAUUAAAAUGUUAAUUUCACCAGUAAUGCUCCCUGUAAGACUAUUGCUGACUGUAGAAAUUCUUAAAUAUUGGAAUGAAAACUCAGGAAAAGCAAUUUCAGAAACUGAAUUAAAUUAUCAAGGGCUAUCAGAAGAAUUUAAGAAGGAUUAG